AGUGUGGUGAUCGUGGCGAAAGUGUGGUCUCCACUGCGGCUGAAUUCAAAUGCCCUCUUCUCACAGAACGCACGGCCACCCAUGAAUCCCACGUGUCACUGUGCAACGGUUACCCGGGCAACGUCCGCACAACAACAAAGCGAAGCAAUUGCCACUUCCACAAUUCGACUUCGUUGUGCUCAACCGCACGACCGGACGAGUCGAUUUUUAAGAAAAUAACAGAAACGUUUAGCAAGAGCGAGGUUUAAAUUGAACACGCAAAUGGAUCCUCCCCCCACCCCACUGCCAUACAAGCGGUAGAAAUAAGAAAAAGCGGUGGAAUCAUCAUCAGUAGCGGCAGCAGUACAAUUACUGCAUUGACGGCAUAUCUGCAAUCAGGUGUAGUGGCAUUAACCGGCUGUAGUUAGUAUCAGUAGUAGCGGCACGAUCGGUAGCUGUACUAGAUAGAAGCUUGCUGCUACUGCCAAGUUGGAAGAGCGUCUGGAAGAUGGAAAACAAAGUGGGUCGCCACCCAUGGUACAAGGAGCGCUUGCUGGCAAAGCAAAUCAAGCGGGGCAAGAAGAGCGAACUUGCGGGCUCCUACGACUGCCGACAGUGGCGAUUCCUCCGUCCCAACCUGGACACGGACUGGCAGGGCCUCCCCCCGGUCUUGACCACCGCAAGCCUCCUCGCGUACAACGCCGCAACACAGCACGCGGCAUCAUCAUCCGCCCGCUCGGCCAACUCUGCAGACGACCUCGAGCCUCACCAGGUGCACGAACAUCACGAUGUGACCACCGCCCAAGAAUCACAGGAACGCCUGGAGCCUCCUGCGAAGGUGAACGAUUCCGACAAGCGCGGAUCGGCUGAUAAAAAGGAGCGUUUGAAGCUACCGGCUAUCGAUGCCGACACCGCAUCGUUGGAUGGUUUGCUGGUUCGCGUUGGGAGUCCGCGGGCUGAACCAGUGCUAUUCAAUUCCAAGAAGACGGGGCAAGGACACCGGCCAAACAAAUCGUCCAGCUUCGUGGAUCAGCGUCGAUACCUGUCCCGGCUCACUCCGCUGCAGCAAGCGCGCCGGGCGCUCGUGGAGGAGACGGAGUGGGGCUUGCUUGAGCACCCACUCGCCCUCUACCCACACCUCCAGCAGAGCCUCGAUCCGGAGAUGUUUGAAGAGGUGGUGAAUUUGCUGGACCCAGAGAUGCGGCGCUUUGAGGCAUCUCUGCAGGAGGAUGUGGAGCCACCUCCUGUCGAGCAGGAGGAUGAGGAAGACAUGGAUACUGCAAAUGGAGAGGCCACCGAACCCUAUCCAAUAGAGGGUCGGCCAACCACCAUCUCAUCCACUCGAGAGGGCAGGCACCAGAACCCAUACCGCUGGCUUCCCAAGGUGGAGGGCAGCAGCAAGGAGGACAGGAGAGGCCGACGGAAACUUCCGAGUGGCUCCUCGCAAGACGAGGACCUCAAGCGCGUCACCCACGACUUCUGCGACUGGGUCGCCUCACUGGGCGGGGAGGACGACGUGAUCGAAGAGUCCACCCUGAUGAGCCUCUUUGCGAGUGGCUACGAGACCAAGCCCCCGCUCACCGUGCCCAUCCACGUGGUGGAGCUCGCCAACGUGCCCCCUGAGCUGCGCUCGGCGGCUGGAGCCACCCCGGACAGCGCUUCCUCCGCCAAUGCCAACGGCACCUUCGCCCACAAGACCGGUGCAGGGCCCCGGCCACAAAGUGGGAGGAUGUGCUACGGGGCCUGGUAUCUGCCACCUGCCACUUGGAAGAAAAAGCCUCAAAAUGAGCCUCUGGAGGACCCGAACGUUGUCCAGGAGAGAGAGGCUUCUGAAGCCAAGAAGAGAGCUACUGCCAUUGACACGCAGCUGCUGCACUUGCACGGGGCUCUGGCAUUCCGCAAGUUUGUGGACGAAAAGGGAGCACGUCGGCCACAGUUCCUGGAGCACGUGUCCAUGGAGCUCUCUGAGGAGGAUGGGAGAGAGCAGACCUCUGCUGGCAAGCCCAGGAAGCGCCAGACUGUGGAAAAGGGACGCCAGUCAUCCGCAUCCACCGCUGCAGAAUCCGUCCUCAAUUAAAAUCCAAGCGGCAUCUGCCAAUAAUCAACAUAGACGUUUCACACGUCACUUCCCACCGUGAUUUGGAUUAACACUGGAAACAUAUUAAGCCUAUCUUUUUAUACUGUAAUUGUUUUUUUACACGGUUAUUUUUCUAAUGGGGUAGAGUGGUGGUGCAGUGGCUCACACACGGCGGCCUAAAUCCAACGGCGUAAGUUACAAUCCUGACCGUGACGAACAUCAGUGGCGAGAGAUGGUCUUGGGCACCCCAACCCUCGUGACGAACUCUUACAGACGAGCUUGAAGUAUGGUCAAUCAAUCCCCCUGACCGACACAGAAUGGGGAGGAUUUCAUCCAGCCACGGAUUAUCAAAAGGCUAUGAAUUGAUAUUUUUUUGUUUAAUCUAACAGUUAAUAUAACGUGUAGCACAAGUGAUUC